CGCUGAUUCUGUACUCUAUGGAGCAGAAGAUAAUUCAUAUUGUGUAUUUUAUUUUUCUAACUAUGCAAACCACAUUUUUGUUGUUGAGAAGGCUUCAGUAGUGAAAGCAAUAUGGCUUGGAAAAUAAUAGAUUGAUUGAUGAGAUGCAAGAACAUAUACAUAUAUAGGCAAGGGUCUCUGGGGUUUAUGGAAACAGUACCAGCCAGGAGAUCCUUGCCUAAUAGAUCAUCAUCUAUCCCAUCUAUCUAUCCCAGGGCUGCAGCUGUGCAGCACAUGGCAAGGCACAAGGCCUGUGCACCAGCACCUAGGGCCAAAGGCCCGACCCAAUAACCCUUGCUAACACGCCCCUGCAGUCUGAUCGUCGGCACCUCGAACGUUCAGGCUGGACCUAAACUCUGUGAAGACAGAAGAAGGCAACCCCUUGGUGAAGACAUCAGCCUACUGUGAAGAGGUAGGCACAUGCAUGAUGCAAACAUCACCAACUGCAAUGCGCUCGCGAACAAAAUGAAGAUCAAUCUCGAUUACUUGGUACGCUGAUACUGAACUGGGUUGGAGGACAUGUAGACAGCGCUGAUGUUGUCACAUUAGACUAGAGCAGCGCGCCGAAGGGGUGCAUGGAGCUCAAGAAGAAGCUGCAGCAACACCAUUAGCCACAGUGCGAUACUCAGCUUCAGCACUCGAUCGGGACACGCUGUUCUGCCACUUCGAAGACCAGGAAACCAAGUUAUCGCCAAGGAACACUGCAUAACCUGAAGUAGACUUCCGUGUGUGAGGACUGCCAGCCCAAUCAGCAUCGGAUUAUACAGUCAGCUCGGUCUAUGAUUGUUAUAUUAGGGAUAUAUCUAUAUUAGGUAGAUUAGGAUUGUAUUCGUACCAUACCAUAUCUGUAGGAGAGGCUCCUUGCCCUCCAAGUCAUGUACCCCUAUAUAUUCAGCCAUAAGGCUCAAGCUAAUACAAUCAUCCAUUACACCAAUUCUAUUCCUCCUACAUGGUAUCACGAGAUUAGGUUCUAUCCUGGUCUCCAACCUUUGUUUUCCGCUCCUCCCCGGCGCCACCAUCCUUCAGGCGCCGCAGGCCGUCCUUGGCUCGCCCCCAGCAAGCCUCCACGACGGUCCCAUAGCGCCCCCCCGGCGAGAUGUCAAUCUUUGCCGGGGGGCACGCCCUCCACCCUCUCCGUGGCAGACCGUCGAUCUGCCGUUCCUCUAGGUGUCAUGGCAGAUCAAUUUGAUCUAUCGCCGUCGUCAAGCAGCAACAAAUCGUGAAGAACCUACCCGGGUGUUGCCGUUCGCGAAAUGGCCUUGGCCUCCUUCUGUGCUUCUCUCCUGGCGGAUCCUCUCCGCCCCGGCCUUCUACCCCAAUGCUCCUCGCCGUGUGUCGGGACGCCACCUCGCCGCCUCGCUGGGCCUUCGCCCACCGGUGGCUGUGGCAUCGCCGGCCGCGCCGGACUCCUCCACUGCUCUCCUUCCACGACGCCGUGCCAAGCUGCAUCCGCUCCGCUGGUCCUUGGUUCGUCGAGGGACGUUGCCGCGGCUGGCUGCGCACGUCUUCCCGGGGUGCGCCCUUCCUCCAGAGGUCCUUGGGUGGGCGCCGUGGCAGGCGACUCCGCCUUGCCUCCGUUCGGCCCCUCCCUGGCGGGAUCGAGCAGGCGGCUACGCUCCCACGAUGCCCAGCCCUCUGAAUCGACCACCCGUGACGCCUCCUCUGCUCUCUCUUUCUCUCGCACAAGACCGCUGGCGUGUUGUGCAGAGAGCAAAGAAGAUAAGAUGGGCGAUGUGUUUUGCUAAGCGCACAUCAUGAGUUCUACACAUGAAAUUGCUGAUGUAUCUUUUCUUCGCUCGAUCAGAGAUCGAGAUUGAGUCGCCCAUCGCCUGUCGACCUCGCGCCUCUACUUUGACGUCGGCAUCGACUUCACUGGCUUCCUCCUCGACUCCGACUGUGUGGCAUGGCAAGAUGGACGGCGCCCUAGGGGACGCCCGUCUGCACCGCCCACCUCGCUGCUUCGUCCGCGCGUCGUCCUCCGCCGGCUCGUCGUCGCCUCCAUCGAUCGGGAUGCCUCCGCCAGCUUCGCCCAUCGUCGCCUCGCCUCGCGCAUACCCGGCCUGAUCAACCGACGUGCGUGAUCCACCUGGCUCCCGUGACGUAAGUCCUCGUACUGCGCGCCUCUUCCCCGAGUAUGGAGGGCUGCCGCUGCUUCGCCUCUUUGGGCAGCUGCGGCGCCACCCGUGGUCUCCUUCGCCGUUGCAUCCUCAUCGCCGCCGACCACGUCCACGACCUUGUCGUCGACUACGUGUCGCUGCGCCCUGCGCAUGGUCUUCGUCAAGCUGUUCGAGUUCUUCGCCGACUUCUACAACCGCCGCCGCCGCGACCGCUACGCCAAGCUAGCUGGCCUUUUGGGCUAGUGCUUGGCUUCUCUAUCUCAAUGCUUCGUCCAGCACGACCUCGUCGCCACCACCAUCGUCUCUACUUCGCCUACUUCGUCUACUCCGACAAUUGCGGGCUACUUCGGCUUCUUCUCCCUCGCCGCCCUGCACCGCAACUGUCGUCGAGACCUCUGCUGGUCCCCUACAUUUCUGCGACUUGGUUGUGCGUCCGGUACUGGCAACACCGGCACGUGCCUUCGUCCCCGACGCGCUACUGGGUCUGGCAAACCCUGUACUCUCCUCGGCCUUGGCGGUUUGACGGCGUCAUCCUCGCUUCGUCCUCGACGCAUCAUCGUCUUCGUCUAUGACGCCUCCGCGCCACCACUAUUUGGCGCCCCCUUGCGUGCCAGAGGCUUCAUGUGCGGCUACCUUUGCAUCGGCUACCUCGACAGCUACAUUGACCACGGCUACCCUACACAGCAUCCUCGACCAUGGCUACUCACCCUCCAGCUCGGCUACCUCGACAUCGGCACAAAGGGCUACCAUCUGCUUGAGCAACCUUGUGGGUUUCCACUCCAGCCACAGCAUUUGCGGCGCACUGACCGUUGUGACUGCGGGGGGAUGUCAGCUCGCCGACUUCUCUCCAGUCUCACCAUCUGCGACGCUCCGCUGAGUGCCGGGGAUGUUAGAGUAUAUUAGGGAUAUCUCUAUAUUAGGUAGAUUAGGAUUGUAUCCGUACCUUACCAUAUCUGUAGGAGAAGCUCCUUGCCCUCCAAGUCAUGUACCCCUAUAUAUUCAGCCCUAAGGCUCAAGCUAAUACAAUCAUCCAUUACACUAAUUCUAUUCCUCCUACAGUGAUGAAGGAUGUAGAACCAAGCCCAGGUGAAGAGUGCCUUGAAUAUAUCUCAGAAUCCUUUUUAGAGUCUCAAGAUGAGGUUCCUGUGAUCAUGCAUAUGGAGACAGACUUGCUGAACAGCAUAGGCGAUAUCCGACCGAGUGAAAGUCAGAUACUGAAGAGCACCAGCCAAACUGCGAAAGUCUGAAGCAUCCUGAACAGGUAGUCCAUGUUGGAAUAGCAACAACUAUAGGAUGAGCAGGAAGGGAGGAGCUGAGAGGAGACUUGUUUUUGAGCUGCUGUUAGCUACAGCUGGCUGCCCUUUGCUUCUUAUUUAUAGCUGAAAGGGAACUCUAUACAUUAACCCUAGUGGCUUGCUUACCAAGAGAAAGACUUGACUCAAGCUUGCAGCCCAAGCCAUGACCAAACUUACUCCCUAAGGAAACUAGACUUGCUGCCUAAGGAAAGACAGAAAAAGACCCUACACUAACGUGAGUAAACUAACUCUAGUUAGAUAGAUAACUGACACAAGGAGCAUUGAGUUCAUGGAAACCAACUCGCCCUAAUGCCUUCGUUAGGAUGUCUGCGAGUUGGUCCUUAGUGCUGAGAAAUUCAGCAAAGAUGCUCCCAUUCUCCAAGCACUCGUGGUUGAAGUGGUACCGCACGUCGAUGUGCUUGCUCUGCUUGUGGAAGACCGGAUUCUUGCUGAGUGCCAGUGGGGACAUGCUGUCCAUCUUCAGCUUCACGGUGGCAGCUCCCUUCCCUUUGAGGUCACCGAGCAACCGUGCCAGCCAGAUGGCUUGGCUUGCCGCCGUGGUUGCGGUAACGUACUCUGCUUCACAAGAAGGCAGAGCAGCGAUCCGCUGCUUCGUCGAUUGCGAGCUAAUUAGGCUAGCACCGAGGAAGAACAAAGCACCAGAAGUGCUCUUGCGUGUGUCGAUGUUGCCGGCAAGGUCAAUAUCUGAGUAGCCAACCAACUUAGCCUCCCCCGAAUUGCGUGGGUAGAUAAGGCCAUAGUCAAUUGUGCCGGCAAUGUAGCGUUGUAGACGCUUCACGGCGCCCAUGUGCUCCAUGGUGGGGCGCUCCAUGAAGCGACUGACGUAUCCCACCGAGAAGGCGAGAUCUGGCCUCAUGUGGACGAGGUACCGCAGACUCCCGAUGAUCCGCCGGUAUGUUGUGGCGUCGAUCUGUUAAGCCAUGCUUUCACGGCUCAGCUUGAGCCGUUCCUCCAUGGGUGUAGGCACGGGAUUGCAGCCCUUCAUGCCGGCGGUGUCGAGGAUGCGCGCCAUGUGGCUCCUCUGGGUCAACGCGAUUCCUCUGGCAUUCUGGAGCACCUGAAUCCCCAAGUAGGAGAGGAGCCCAAGAUCGCUCAUGAGAAACUGUGCCUUCAUCUCAUCCUUGAAGCGGUUGAUCACGGUGGGAUUGGUUCCGGUGAUCACCAAAUCGUCGACAUAGAUGUCGAUGAGCAGACGCGCUCCGCCAUGGCCACGUCUAUAGACAACGUGCUCAUGGGCGCUCUACUCGAACCCAAGGUUCCUCAGUGUGGCAUCAAGGCGCGCAUUCCAAGCACGCGAGGCUUGGCGCAGCCUGUAGAGUGCCUUCUUCAGGCGCAGCACUUUGCCUUCUUGCCUGGGGACGACGAAUCCAGGUGGCUGUGUCACAGACCUCCUCCAGCACUCCGUUGAGGAACGCCGACUUCACAUCCAUGUGAUGGACGGCCCACCCCUCAUGGGCGGCUAGUGCGAGAAGGAGCCGCACGGACUUCAGUCGUGCAACAGGGGCAAAAACUUCAUCGAAGUCAAUGCCGGGCCGCUGCACGUACCCCUUAGCGACAAGGCGCGCCUUGUGCUUGAUCAUGGCGCCAGCCUCGUUCUUCUUCAGCUUGAAGACCAAGCACAGCCCAAUCGGACAAUGGCCACGUGAUAGGUCCAUCAGCUCCCAAGUGCCAUUCCGCUCAACGGCUUCCAUCUCCUUCAUGGCAGCUUGCCAUGCUGCAUCUGCCUCGAUGAAGGAGCUUGGCUCUCCUUCACACACAAGGCAGAGUGCCUCAUCAUCAACCUCACAUGCCGCUUGACCGAGAACUGGAGCGCUGCCGAUCAUGUUGUCGAUAACGCGGUACCGCAGAGGUGUGUCCUCAUGGGACGCAUCGACCCGUUCGUCCUCGUUGGGCGGUGGUGAGACGAACGCCGGUGCAGUUGGUGGCGAGGUCGGAGCUAGCGUGAACGGCGGAGGCGAUGGAGACGGUGGUGGAGCAGGGGAUCCAGAAGUAUGUGACUCCUGGUAGUGCUAAAACAUGGGAUCCUGCUCCCCCUCCUACAGCAACCGGUGCAGGCGAGAUUGCCUGCUCGACCUCCGUGAUGAUGAAGUCGCUGCAAGGUGGAGCAGCAUCGCCGGCCUCCCAAUCCCUGCUCGCCUCUUUGUCGAAGAUGGCGUCACGCAUCACCUGCACGCGCUUGUGCAUCGGGUUCUAUGCGCGGUAGUCCUUGAUGCGCUUAUUGUAUCCGAUGAAGAUCAUGGCCGUGCUGCGGUCAUAAAGCUUGCGGAGUUGUGGGUGACCGUCCUUGACGUAGACCGCACACCCAAAUGUCCACAAGUGCGGCACCGCCGGCUUCCGGUCAUGCCGUGCCUUGUAUGGUGUCAUGCUGUCCAGGCUCUUGGUGGGAGCACGAUUCAGCAGGUAUACUGCCGUCGUGAUCCAGGCUCUUGGUAGGAGCACGAUUCAGCAGGUAUGCUGCCGUCGUGACCGCGUCCCCCCCCCCAAACUCCGCUGGUAGCUUCCGCUGCUUCAGCACUCUGCGUGCUGUCACCACUACGUUCUGGUUCUGCCUUUCAACAACGCCGUUCUGCUGCGGGCUGUAUGGCACACUGAACUGGAGCUGCACACUAUGCUCCUCACAAUGGCGGGCGAACUCAUUCGAGGUGAACUCGCGACCAUUGUCGGUGCGGAUAGCGCGCAGCCUCCUGUCGCACUCUGCUUCUGCUGCUGCCUGAAUGCGAUGAAUUGAAGCCGCCGUGUCGCCUUUCCUGUCUAGGAGGACCACCCACAUGUAGCUGCAGAAGUCAUCGACCAGCAACAGGAAGUAGUGGCGUCCACUGGUUGUCGCAGGCGUGAUCGGGCCGCAGACAUCGCCAUGGACAAGGUUGAGGCAUCCUUUGGCCCGGAAAUUCGCCUGCUUGGGGAAGGGCAUGCGACGAUGCUUGGUGGUGAUGCAGAUGUCGCAGAGCUAGUCCACAUGUUCGAGGUCUGGCAGCCCGCGCACCAUCUUGUGGCGAGGCAUACGUCGUAGCGCGUUGAAGAUGUGGCCGAACCGGUCAUGCCACCGCCAUGCGUCGUUAUCAUGUCGAGCAGCGGGGCAAAUGGGGCGCGCGACGUCGAGGUGCAGCAAGUACAGACGAUUGGCGCCGCGCCGCACUUUGGUGAGCAGCCGCUGCUACCGAUCCCAAGUGCGAAGCACGUCGUCGUCGAUGUGGAUCGUGGCGUCGUUCUCAUCCAGCUGGCCUAGGCUCACGAAGCUAUUACAGAGCUGCUCGAUGUAAUAGAAACCGGUGAGGAGCUUGUGUGCGCCACUCUUGCCGGUGAAGACGACAGAGCCACAGCCCUGGAUGCUCACCACCGAGUCGUCGCCGAACUUGACGGAGCUGACCACGGACCGAUCAAGGUUGGAGAAGACCUCAAUGCGGCCCGUCAUGUGAUUGGUGGCCCUUGUAUCAAGGUACCACCCAUCAAGAUGCUCGUCGUCAUCAUCCGCAGCUCCAAGGAACGCCUGCGCGCGUGGCUCUUCGAGGCGCACACCCUCCGGCGCUACCGAGAGCUCACAAACAAGCGCCAUAAGGAGUGUGGGCUCCUCGUCGUCCCCAUCAGCUUGGGUGAGGUGUGCCUGCCCCUUCUUCGGCUUGCAGCAAUCCUUUGCCCAAUAGCCAAAGCGAUCGUAGUUGAGGCACCUGUCCUUGUCGUCAUCACUGCCUCCAUCCUUGGCGUUAGGAGCGCGAGUUUGCUUCUUGCGCGCACCACGUGAGCGGCGUCUUCCAUCGCCACUGGACUUGGGGGACUCGGAGCUCCGGUCGCUGUCACGCCUCUGCUUCAUCCGAGCGAGCCACUGCUCCUAGGUGAAGUAGAGCUUCCCGCCGCACAACAACGGCUGAUCUGGGGCUGAUUGCGGUGGCGUGCCGUCACGAUCAUCGACAGCCUUUAGCCGCCCCGUCACCUCGAUCGUGAGGUCUGCUGCAGCAGAGUCUCGGUCGACAUCGCGAUCUGCGAGUACUUUUUGGGGACAACGUGCAGAAGCUUCUCAACAGCACUUUGCUCAUCGAUGGUUUCGCCGUAGAUGUUUAGCGAACUCAUUAGGCCAGAGAGGCAAAGCGCGAAGUCAUCCACAUGCUCGCCGUCGUGGAAGGAGAUCAACUACCACUCCCUACGCAGCUGCUACAGGAUUGUCUUACGGGCGCGAUUAGAGACGAUGUGAAUCGACUUGAUCGCUUCCUACGCCUCCUUGGACGUCGUCUUCACCUUCAAGGUGCGGAUCAUCUCCGAGAAUGGCGUCAAGCACCAUGCGAUCCUCCUGGCGAUUAGCAUCACCAUGCUCAACCGCAUCCCAGAGGCCUCGGGCCUCCAGCUUCACCUUCAUGAGGAGGCUCCAAUCCUCAUAGUUAUCGCAUGUUAGCUGCGGGAAUGGUGUGCCGGCCACCUCCUUCACGCGUUGGACGACCACGUUUGGUCCGUCUCGGCGCCGCCCGCGCCGUGCUGUGGAAAGGGACCGGUGACGAUACGUCUGCCGCACGAGCCGGAGCUGACGCCAUGGAUCAUCAACCUCGGCUCUGGUACCAAAUGUUGGAAUAGCAACAACUAUAUGAUGAGCAGGAAGGGAGGUUUGCUUGCUGUUUUGGGAUAGCAGGAGCUGAGAGGAGAGACUUGUUUUUGAGCUGCUGUUAGCUACAGCUGGCUGCCCUUCGCUUCUUAUUUAUAGCUGAAAGGGAACUCUAUACAAUAGCCCUAGUGGCUUGUUUACGAAGACAAAGACUUUACGAAAGCUUGCAGCCCAAGCCAUGACCAAACUUACUCCCUAAGGAAACUAGACUUGCUGCCUAAGGAAAGACAGAAAAAGACCCUACACUAACGUGAGUAAACUAACUCUAGUUAGAUAGAUAACUGACACAAGGAUUAUUGCUAACAGUCCAUCAGCAGGAAGCUUGGGAAUUGUAUCCAUAGGCGUAGAGUGCUCUUGCACUCGGUCAUACCAACACGAUCAAGAAUGUCUAGCAUAUACUGUCGCUGUGAAAGGAGAAGACCAAAACUGCAUCGCUGAACAUGCUUCCCCAAGAAGUGGUGAAGCUCGCCGAGAUCCUUCAUAAAGAACUCCAGCUGUAGUGUCUGAAUGGUGCGCAUGAGGAGAGCUGGAGAAGGUGUAAGCAUGAUGUCAUCAACAUAUAGCAAUAAGUAAAUGAGAUCUGAUCCACGGCGAUAGACAAACAAAGAAGUGUCUGACUUGGAUUCCACAAAUCCUAGGGUGAGUAGAUGAGCAGCAAACCGACUACCGAUUGUACCAGGCACGGGGAGCCUGCUUCAAUCCAUAAAGCGACCUGUUGAGGCGGCAAACAAAGUCUGGAUGAGUAGGAUCCUCGAAACCAGCAGGCUAAGCAAACAGUCUCUGACAAUGUCGUGGAGAAAGGCAUUCUUCACAUCCAACUGAUGAAUACACCAACUGGGGAGAGUGCUAAGGAUGGCACAGUGCGGACGGUAGCUGGCUUUACGACAGGGCUGAAAGUCUUAUCGAAACCCACGCCAGGUUAGCCACGAAGAACCCACUGCGCCUUGUAGCGCUCAAGAGACUCAUCAGACAAAAACUUGUGCUUGUAAAUCCACUUGUCGGAGACGACUAGCACACGGCGGACGGGGAACGAUGUCCCACGUGUGGUUAUGCAGUAGGGCAGCAUGCUCUUCCUCCAUAGCGGCCUGCCAAUUCAGAUCAGCGAAUGCAGUAUUGAAGGUCUUCGGAACGGGAGACAACGACGCAGUGUGGAACAGUGCAGGUUGGCGAAACUCGCACUUGGCGCGUGUGGUUAUGCCGUGCUAGUUCACCACUGGGAAAACGGGCACGGCGCCCUUCGGCAGGACUGGCGGCGUAGCAGCUGUUAGAGAGACAUGUAUAGGCUGGCCCACGAGCCUCUAGCUUAGCCGGCCUGCCAGCCAUUGGGGCUGGGCGCCACACCUAUGUCCAGGUGCGCCCCCCAGGAUAUGUGUUGGUUAGGAUAGGCAAGGAUCCCUCUGAUUGGGUUGUUACCAUACGUGGCGGCAUCCUUGCCUAUAUGUAUCUGUACUGUGCUCCGCACCCUAAUCAAUCUAAUCAUCUUCCGGCCAUACUCGCUUAUAUGGUAUCAAGAGUCCGGGUUUCCCCCGUGAUUCUCCUUCCGCUGCCCUAGCCGCGCGCCACCUUGGCUGCACCAUGGCCGGCACCCUUCCCCCCACUGACGACGCUGAAGCCGCCGCAGCCGCGGCCGAGCAGCAGUGUCUUGCGGCCGCCGUCGAGCUGCAGCGUCUCACAGACGCGCGCACGACGCGACAGGCGAAGCACGAGGCUGCCCUCGCGCGCGCCAAGACGGCCGAGGCCGCGGCCGCCGCCGAACGCGAUGCCGCCGCCGCUCGCGUUCGCGAGGCCCUCGCCCUCACGGCUGAGGAACGCGCCACCGCUGACCAGGAACGCGACGCCGACGCCGACGCCGAUUACCCUCCCGCCGACGACGUCCGCGCUGCCAUGCUCCUUCAUGAGGCUGCCGCUGUUCUGAACCUCCAUGCCCAAGCCGCCGGCGUACAAAACAUCCGCAGCCUCAUACCCGUCGUCCUCGACGCUUCCUCCGGCUCCUACACGCGGUGGCGUGAGCAGUUCCUGCUCGCCGUCGGCCGCUUCGCCCUCCAGGACCACGUUGAGGAAAACGCUCCACCCCCCUCCUCUCCGGAUUGGGAGCGGAUGGACUGCGUCGUCCGCUCCUGGCUUCACGGCACCAUCUCCGCCGAACUCGCCGAAGCCGUUAUGGGGCGCGGCGGAUCUGCACGGGCGGCCUGGCUCGCCAUCGAGGCACAAUUUCUCGGCAAUCGCAAAACCCGUGCCCUGCAUCUCGACGCCCGGUUCCGCCACUUCUGCCAAGGUGACUUGUCCAUCACCGAUUACUGUAGGAAGUUCAAGUCCAUGGCCGACGAUCUCGCCGACCUCGGUGAGCCUGUCACGGAUCGCACCUUGGUGCUGAACGUGAUCCGUGGCCUCAACGAGAACUUCACCGACAUCGGCCGCCAUCUUCGUCGCGGGCGCCCGUUCCCGACGUUUCUCGAUGUCCGCAACGAUCUCCUGCUUGAGGAGAUCACCGCGGCUCAGCGGCACUCUGCUGCGCCGACUGCCCUUCUCGCCGCGGGCGCUGGCGGCGCCUCGUCCGGAUCUCCUGCGCCGCGCUCCUCUGCUCCACAGCAACCCCCUUCCAAGGCCAGGGGCGGCUCCGGCAGCGGCUCCGGGGGCGCCACCGGCGGUGGCCGGAACCGGCGGAGCAAGCGCGCGGGCCGCUCCGACUCCAAGCGCGGCACCUCAGGCGGCGGCGACUCCAGCGCCAGCUCCUCCGCUGGGCAGGCCGCGGGCGGCGCACCGGCGGCCGGGCAGUGGCCGUCGUUCUACAAUCCCUGGACCGGGUCCAUUCAGAUGUGGCCCGGUCCAAGGCCUCUGCCUCCCCAGGCCGCCGCCCGGCCCGCUUCGUAGCACGCUCUGCUGGCCCAACAGCAGGGGGCGCCCUCCCAUGCAUUGGCCUCAUUCGUCGCCCCCGCGACGCCACCUGCGCCGUGGGCCGCCGCCGGCCCAGGAGCUU